CCUCCUCUCUCUCUCUCUCUCUCUCUCUCUCUCUCCCCUCCUCCUCCUCUCUCUCCUCCCCCUUUAAAAAUCCUCUCACUCCCCACCUCUGUAUCCCUCCAAUAACCAUCCCCCCUCUCUCUCUCUCCAAACUUCAACCAAUCUCUUCUCUUCCAUUUUCUCUUGGCAUUUAUCCUAACCUCCAUAUAUAUAUAUAUAUAAAAAACCCCAUUGGGUGAAACAUCAAAUUGAAUCUCUGCGUUGGGAAAAUAAUCCCAAUCACCUCCAAAUUACUGGGUUUUGGUGCGAUUCAGUUCCUCAAUCGAUGGCGGAUCAGAACGACCCGAACCCAGAAACCAGACUGCAGGGAACAAGAACCAGAACGAACCCCCUCCCGAAUUUCCUCUUAUCGGUCAAGCUCAAGUACGUGAAACUGGGCUACCACUACCUGAUCACCCACGCCAUGUACCUCCUUAUCACUCCCCUCCUGAUCCUCUCUCUCCUCCACCUCUCCUCCCUCACCCCCGACGAUGUGCUCCACCUCUGGUCCCACCUCAAGUUCAACCUCGUCACCGUCGUCCUCUGCUCCGCCCUCAUGGUUUUCCUAGCCACGUUGUACUUCAUGAGCCGCCCCAGGAAGGUAUAUCUCGUAAACUUCGCGUGUUAUAAACCAGACCCGGAACGUAUGUGCACCCGGGAGCUUUUCAUGGAGCGGUCAGCCCAAGCAGCAUCUUUCACAGAGGAGAAUCUGGCCUUCCAGAAGAAGAUUCUAGAAAGGUCCGGACUGGGCCAGAAGACGUACUUCCCGGAGGCGAUUCUGGAGUUACCGCCAAACCCGUGUAUGGCAGAGGCGAGGAAGGAGGCGGAGAUGGUGAUGUUUGGGGCCAUUGAUGCGUUGUUGGAGAAGACAGGGGUGAAGCCCAAGGACAUUGGGAUACUGAUUGUGAAUUGCAGCUUGUUCAAUCCGACGCCGUCGCUCUCGGCUAUGGUGGUGAAUCAUUAUAAGUUGAGGGGGAAUGUAUUGAGCUACAAUCUUGGUGGGAUGGGGUGUAGUGCUGGGUUGAUCUCCAUUGAUCUUGCCAAACAAAUGUUACAGGUGCACCCUAACUCGUACGCCUUGGUAGUAAGCAUGGAGAACAUAACCCUAAAUUGGUACUUCGGCAACAACCGGUCAAUGCUGGUGUCAAACUGCCUCUUCCGAAUGGGCGGGGCCGCCAUCCUCCUCUCCAACCGCUCCUCCGACCGCCGCCGCUCCAAGUACCAACUCAUUCACACCGUCCGCACCCACAAGGGCGCAGACGACAAGUGCUAUGGCUGCGUCUUCCAGGAAGAAGACGACAACAAGAAAAUCGGCGUCGCCUUGUCGAAAGACCUAAUGGCCGUAGCCGGAGAAGCCCUAAAAACCAACAUUACCACUCUAGGCCCUCUCGUCCUCCCGAUGUCUGAACAACUCUUGUUUUUCGCGACACUUGUUGCCCGAAAAGUGCUCAAAAUGAAAAUCAAACCGUACAUUCCCGAUUUCAAAUUGGCGUUCGAGCAUUUUUGUAUUCACGCCGGGGGCAGGGCGGUUCUGGACGAACUGGAGAAGAAUUUGGACUUGAGCGAGUGGCAUAUGGAACCUUCCAGAAUGACUCUAUAUCGAUUCGGGAAUACUUCUAGUAGCUCGUUGUGGUACGAACUAGCGUACACCGAGGCGAAAGGGAGGAUCAGGAGAGGGGAUCGGACGUGGCAGAUCGCGUUCGGAUCGGGCUUCAAGUGUAACAGCGCCGUCUGGAAAGCGUUGAGGACCGUCGAUCCGGCCAAGGAGAAGAACCCUUGGAUGGAUGAGAUUCAUGAGUUCCCUGUUCAUGUGCCUAAAGUGGCACAAAUUGUUUCUUGAUAAAUUUUUUUAAAUUUUAUUAUUAUGGUAUUUUUAUAUUAGGGGGCCGGGGGUUCAUAUUUGUUUUUGGUCACAACAUUGGAUUGUGGCAUGUUUCUGGGGAGAAAUUAGUCAUUUCUUUGCCAUUUCUUUUGUUUUCUUCUUUUUCAUUUUCUUUUUGGGUUCUCAGUGUUGAACAGUUGUUGUGUUCAAUAUACUCCAGAAUGGUUGCUUAA